AUGAAAGCAAUUGUUUACUACGGCAAAGAGGACAUCAGGUUCCACAAUGAUCACCCCGAACCUCAAAUUAAUCACCCCGACGAAGUCAAAGUGAAAGUGGACUAUUGUGGUAUUUGUGGGUCUGACUUGAAGGAAAUCACUUCAGGUCCAUUCUUUUUCAAUAAGCCAGGAUCCACCAACCCAAUUUCCAACAAGAAAUUUCCCAUGGUGAUGGGACAUGAAAUUAGUGGAGAGGUGGUUGAAGUCGGGGCUAAUAUUGAAAAUGUUGUUGUUGGGGAUAAAGUAGUGGUUGAAGUCACAGGAACGUGCAAGGACAAAGGCAGGUUCAAGGACUCACCAUCCAAGGAUAAGCCAUUUUGUGCUGCUUGUUACGAUGGAUACUACAACGCUUGUGAUUCGUUGGCUUUGACAGGUCUUGGCUUUAAUGAUGGUGGUUGUGCCGAGUUUCUUGUAACGAGUGGUGACAAAGUUGUUAAAUACGAUCCAACAAAGAUUCCUACUGAUGUUGCUGCUUUGGUACAACCCUUGGCUGUUUCUUGGCAUGCUGUUGGUGUAUCCAGGCUCGAAGAAGGGCAAGCUGCUUUGAUUUUGGGUGGUGGCCCCAUCGGACUAACAACAAUCUUUGCGUUGAAAGGUCACAAAGCAGGCAAGAUUGUAGUUAGUGAGCCUGCCGCUGCACGAAGAUCUUUGGCCAAGAAGCUUGGUGUGGAAGUAUUUGAUCCUAGUGGUAAAUCAGUUGAGGAAUGUAUUGCCGCUUUGAAAGAGAUGUCGCCAGAUAAAAGGGGGUUCCAUCAUACGUUUGAUUGCAGUGGUGUUCCAGCUACAUUUGAAGCAAGUAUCAAGUGUCUUCGAAUUAGAGGUACUGCUACCAAUGUUGCAGUAUGGGCACAUAAACAAAUCCCGUACUCUCCAAUGCAUACAACAAUGCUGGAAAAGAUUGUUACGGGAUCCAUUUGUUUUGUCAAGAAGGAUUUUGUUGAGGUUGUCAAGAGUAUUGAAGCGGGUGAUAUAUCUGUUGAUGAGUUGAGGUUGAUGAUUACUGACAAGAUCCCCUUGCAAGAGGGUAUAGAAAAGGGAUUCAAUGAGUUGUUGUACAACAAAGGUGAUCAUAUCAAGAUUUUAUUUACAAAUGAAUAA